AUGUCGAUGCACAAGAACACCCUUCCAGUCUCAUCCUACAUGGGCAUUUCGGUGCUUCUGCUGGGGCUGUUAUUGAGUGGCUCUCUCUCUCCGCUGGCCAGAAAAGAACAUGAUGGCCGGUCACUCAAAGUUUUCGGCUUCCUGAUAGAGUGCGAGAAGUCACCCACAAGUCAGGACAGCAGUUCUGCAGAUGAUGAUUCAGACACCAUGUCGCCUCCCGUUCUGGCUCGUGGGUCGAAGAAGCCGUUGACACGGCUCUAUGUGGCAGAUUUGCCACCUGGGUCGCUUCGCUCUUGCAUUAUAGCUAAUAUUUUCCUCACUUGUUUCUGCGCUAUUCUUGCCAUUGCGUUGAUUGUGGUGGCCUUCUUGGCUACCGUUCACCCGGCGAUAUUGAGGCCGGCCCACAGCCGUCGGAUGGCUAUCCUACUGUGCCUUGCAAUAGUAGUAUUGGGGCGGUUCGUGCUUGUCGUGGUGAUGGUAGCGCGGGGCGAGCUGUACGCCGAUAUCGAGGGCUGCAACUUUGCCCAGUCCACAGCUUUGCACCUACACUCGGGCUUUGUCGUAUCCCUCGUUAGCGUCAUCAUUUGCAUUGUUGCAGUCAUCGCCUUGUGGAACACAAACUACAGCUAG